UUAUAAAGCUGCAAUUUAUAUUCUGUCGUCAGGUGUAUGUUGAUAUAAGAGUCAUGUAAACUCUGUGUCUGGUUUUCAUUAUGGCAGGAGUCUUUACAGAUUUAACUGGUGCUGUUAGAAAUCUUUUCACCUCGACCGAGCAUAGCUACAACCUUGAAGAUGAGGUUAGAAUAGUACUAAUAGGAAAAACAGGAGUAGGCAAAAGUGACACCGGAAAUACGAUCCUUGGAAAGCAAAAGUUUAAGGCGGAAAACGCGUUGAUGUCCGUAACAAAAAAAUGCAAACUACAAGAAGCCGUUCGAGAAAAUAGGAAAAUCGUUGUUGUCGAUACACCUGGUCUUUUCGACACCUCAACCAAUCCUCAAGACACACAUCGAGAAGUAGCAAAGUGUAUUGGAUUAACAUCUCCUGGUCCACACUGUUUUCUACUUGUCCUAUCAAUGGGCAGAUUUUCCCCUGAAGAUAAAGAGUCUGUAGAAACGGUGUUUAAAUUAUUUGGAAAGGAUGUACAGAAGUAUGUUAUUAUUAUUUUCACGAAACUUGAUACCAUUUCAAAGAAAGGAAAGGUUAAAGAUAAGCUUGAAACAUACUUCGGAGAAAUGCCUGAGGCAUUAGCGGCACUCAUGACGCGUUGUGAGAAUAGAGUUAUUGCAUUCGAUAAUACAGCACCCUCAAAAAAAAGAAAAGAACAGUUUAAAGUACUGCUUCGUCUUAUUAGGGAAACUGUGACAAAAAAUGGCGGUCUUUACUACACAAGUGAAAUGUUUGAAGAAGCUGAAAAGAUCAUUCAGAUGGAAAUAGAAGAAGAAAUAUCAAAGCAAAAGCAGAAAGCCAUAGACGAAGAACAAAAGCUGAGACAGGAAAUAUCGACCGAAAAAGAAAAUGAGGUCAAACUAAAACUGGAAGAAGAACGAUCAAAAUUAGAUGAAGAUAUGAAAGAGAAAAUAAGGCAGUUAGAACAAAACGCCAUAGAACAGGAACAAAAAAUUAGACAGGAAAUGGCUGAUGCAAAAGAAAGCGAAAUCAAACAGAAGCUAGAAGAAGAGCAUAAAAAGCUAGAGAUCGAAAAAGAAAAAAUGAAAGAUAUGAUCAACAACCAACAAAGAUACGACCUUCGAACAACUAUUAGACAAAAAAUAGAGGAUGAAGAUGAACCUUCGACUGGGAAACUCUUGCAAGGUCUUUCAGGUGUUUUAUCUGGAGUUGUAGCACCAGCAAUUAAGUUUUUCAUAAAAUAAUAAUAAUUUAGUAAUUAUUCAGAAAUAAUUCAUACACAUGCGUAGCAAAUAUAACCAGGUUAUGUUGCACAAAUGUAAAAAAAAACAGGUAAACAUACAAUUGUGUUGCAACGGCAACUAAUGAACUUUAUUUUCUUUCAAAUAGUUUUCGAUAAUUUCGCGAUUACCUUGUAACGUCAGAUUUCAAAAUAGAAUAAUACAUUUGCACGUAAUUAGGAUAAAUUGAGGUCAUAGUUAGUUAGCCCGGUUAGUUAUAUGAAUUAAAAUCGUUUCACAUUCACAUGUAUAUACAAGACUUUUAUUUUGGUUUACAGUUAAGUGAUUAAUUUCCAUAAGAACUAUAGCCCAUUUAACUUAUAGUUGUAAGACUAACAUGAUCGAAUUCUGAAAAGUACUGCCAUUUGGGGAUUGAAUUAAAAAAAUUGCGAUGGCACGAUGAUUUUUAUGAAUGAAAUUCAAAAUUACGUAAUUAAGUAAGAGUUUUAAAAAGCAGCAAACCAGUAAAAAGUAUUACAUAAAUACCGAACUCUAAGGCAAAUUCAAAAAGGCGGAGGUCCAUAAAAACUGACAAAAUCAAACGCUAUCAAUCAAAGGAACAAGUGAAAAACAACUGCCCUAUUCAUGACUAUGUAAAGACAGUAAAUUAUUUAAUCGGUAAUCUAGAACUGACGAUACUGCACAGACAGAGGACAUAUUAGGGUAUAGAGAUUUGCUGAGAGAUACUGACAAAUAAUAACUAUAUACGAAUAAGAUCAAAUAAUACUGUAUUGACAAAUAUUUCGGCAUAACAAAGAGUCAACAUUUAAACAAAAUGCAACAUACAUUACAUAAGAAAGUCCUUUAGUAUAAAAUAUAUUCUCACGAUUGAAACGAUCACUGUUUUGUGUUUAUUUAAUAUCAUGAUAGACUAAACCAUGGAGAUAUUCUAUGCAUGUAAAGGUAUGUUGAUAUAUAGUUACGUCAAUGAUACAACUCAAGCAUACCAAACAGGUUUUUAAUGUGUUAACCUCUAUCUGCUUACUUAAUUUGUAAUAUAGAAACUCAUUCUAUAUUGCCAUAAGUUUAAUUUUAUUGCUUGUGUUGAUGGUCACUCCUUAAAUAAAACCUUUUUGAUAC